AUGAAUCUUGAAGACGGGCUACAUUCUUCAAAUUUUGAGCAUGUUGCUGCAAUCCUUGAACAACUCAAUUACACAGGACCAGUGGCAGCAGCAACAGACGAGACAGUAUGUGUGAAGUCGUUGCGCCAUUACAAUGGCUUCAUAGUAGGAGCCCAGGGUGGUGACAUCAGCUUUGUUGAUGGAAACAAUAUUGAGAAAAUAGUAAAGUCAACUGUAUCGUCCGGAAACCUUUGUUCAAAGAUUCAAGCAUAUACUAUACAGGUGCCUUUACCCAACAUGUCUACAUUUAUAGUUGCCGUGAUUGCUAGUCGAAGCAAGGAGAAUGCCUCAGAUGUUGCUGCUCAACAUCAUACUUUUUUUUGUGAAUGUCAAUCAGCAGGAAUCAAUGUUCUUUCACUUGGAUCUGAUGGUGCUCCAACUGAGCUGGCUGCACAAGAGCAAAUCAUCGAGUCAACAACUCAGUACUUGACUUACUCCAACAACAAUCUUGAUGUCUUUGUCAAGGUACCUUUACUGGGCGAGAAUUUAAUGCCUGUUGUAUUGGUUCAGGACCCAAAGCACGCACGGAAGACGGCCGCAAAUCAACUCCUCUCCAGAGCUCGUGUACUUGCAUUUGGACGAUACUAUGUUGAUAUCCAGCAACUUGCAACCAUCCUACAAGAUGCAAACUCGCCAAUCUACAAACGUGAUGUUUUUGACUGUGACCGACAAGACAAUGGACGCGCUUAUUCUAAUGGAAUUUCACCUCAAAGCUUCAAGAUAUUCUCAACAAUGGCCUUACGCCUCAUUGGUCUCAUUAUUUCACAUUGUCAAUUUUAUUCUUCAAUUCCCUUGAUGCCUUGGAAACAUGGAACUGAGCCACUUGAGCACGCAUUUGGUUGGAUGCGAGUAAUUUCACCCAACUUCACUGUUCUUGAUGCCCGACAGAUGAUUCCAAAGAUUCAUGCUGUGGUCAAGAGUCUGGCAAGUGGUAUGGUGAACUUCGAAGGAUCAGAACAUAUACAUGCUGGAUAUAAACACGCAUUUGCAAACGAAAAAGCACCCACGCACACCAAUCACCUUUGUCACUUCCCAAAUGAUGAAGAAAUUACAUUCAAGCUUAAUGCAGCCAAAACGUAUGCCACAAGUUUGGCUGCUUUUGUUGGGAUGCACGACAGUCCAGUUGUUGACGACUCAGAACUACACUCAAAUUUGACAAGCUGCGAUGAUGUCUUUGUAUGUCUUAACCAAGGCACGACUUAA